AUGUGGUCUCUCAAGCACAUCGCAGGAUGGGCCAUUGUUAUCUCACUUGCCUCGCGUGUCGUGGCUGACGACCCCUCAUCUGAUCCAUAUUCCUGCUCUGCAACAUCUCCAUGUAAAAUUGGCUGCUGUUCUAAUACAGGCGUUUGUGGUCUCGGUCCAGACUUCUGCGGUAGCGACGUCUGUAUCUCAUCAUGCGAUGCAAAGAGUGAUUGCGACCCAGGCUGGGGCUCCGAAUGGUCGACUGCCGAGACUUGCCCACUGAACGUGUGCUGCAGUAAAUUUGGAUUCUGUGGUACUACCAGCGAAUUCUGUGGAAACACAACAGUCACCCAGCCAUCAUGCUCUUCUGGAACCAGUGCGAGCAACAGAAUCAUUGGAUACUACGAGGGAUGGUCUAGUACCAGGGCGUGUCGAGGCAUGUACCCGGAGGACCUUCUGACAACGGCCUACACCCAUUUGAACUACGCAUUUGCCUUUGUGGACCCAACUUCAUUUGAGAUCGCACCUAUGUCAAACGAAGAUACAGCACUCUAUUCUCGUUUCACAGCUCUCAAGACAUAUAACCCUGGAUUGGAAACAUGGAUCUCCGUUGGUGGGUGGUCCAUGAAUGACCUAGAUCAACCCACUGUAACCACUUUCUCUGACCUUGCUGGGUCUGAGAGUGCCCAGGCGGCAUUCUUCAAGUCAUUGGUCAGUUUCAUGUCUACCUAUGGCUUUGACGGUGUCGAUAUAGAUUGGGAAUACCCAGUGGCACCAGAGCGUGGUGGACAGGCUGCAGACUUUGCCAACUAUGUCUCAUUCCUGAAGAAUCUCAAGAAUGCGCUUGGCUCAGAUGGACACAACUAUGGUCUGACUAUUACAUUGCCAUCGUCUUACUGGUAUAUGCAGAACUUUGAUAUCAAGUCUCUGGAAUCCUAUGUUGACUGGUUCAAUCUCAUGACCUACGAUUUGCAUGGAACCUGGGACUCUACCGAUCCCUAUAUUGGUAGUGUGAUCAACGCCCACACUAACCUGACUGAAAUCACUCAAACGCUGGACCUCAUGUGGAGAAACAGUAUCGAUCCCAGCAAGGUUGUCAUGGGCAUGGGAUUCUACGGACGAAGCUUCACUCUCUCUGAUCCCACUUGCACAACCGCUGGAUGCCCAUUCUCUGGAGGUGGCAAUCCUGGAAGCUGUUCUGCCUCUGCGGGUACUUUGAUGUAUUCUGAGAUCCAGGAUAUCAUUGCAAAUGGAGCUACGGUCGUAGAGGACCCAGAUGCUGCUGUUGCCAUUGUUACUUGGGACGAGAACCAGUGGGUCUCAUACGAUAAUAAUGACACUCUCAAGCUCAAAAUGGACUAUGCAAGUAGCAAGUGUCUGGGUGGAGUAAUGAUCUGGGCUGCUUCUACUGACGACACUUCAGGUAGUGCCAUCAAAGCUCUCACCGGCGUGUCUGCACGCGCCACUCUUACCGAGGCAGCUUUAUUCAAGUGGCCUGGAGCCACUGCAGCACAAUGUGUCUGGGAAUGGUCUGGCUCGGCACCGUACUGCACAACUGCCGGUUUUCUAUUAAGUCCUGCUGUGUUUUUCACCUCUGCAACAUGUCCCUCGAGCAACCCUAUCAAGCAGACUACCUCCAAAUAUGGCUCUGGUGGCGAGCAGCCGUGCCUUUACGAUGGCGGAUGGAAGUCUUACUGUUGUGAGGAUCCAGAUCCCUGGGCAAACAGUAACUGUGCCUGGCAUCAAGGCACGGACUAUUCCUUUACUGGUUGGGAGCAGUCUUGGAUUGCAGGUGGCCUUCUUCAAAGUGUGACAGCGCCUAUCUUCGGAAGAGACUGCCAGGGUGAAUGUCCAAGUGGUCAAGUUCCCAUUGCCACAGAUGGCACAAGUUGUCAACCAGGAACCUACUCCUACUAUUGCUGUGAUAACCCUAAUGCUCCCAACCUCCCUACCCCGCAAGAGGUAUCUCUAUGCCCAUCGCCCCCUAACAUUGACGGCCGCAGCACUGAACCCGAUCCUGAUGGGAGCUCAACGGGUGUUUACUUGGAAUCCCAGGAAUUCAACUCCGACUGCACGCUUUACGGCUUGACUACAGUCUCUUCCACAAAGCGCGACCUUGAUUCUGUAACAAUUGAUGACAUCAAGAUAUGGGAGCAGAAACUCGAAGCUCAGCGACUCAACAAUGCCAGAAGCGUCAUCUAUAAUCCAAAUCCCGCCUGGGAAGCUAGCUUUGACUCUCACGAUGCAGAAAUAUCCAAUCACACUCUCGUGUCCCGAGAAGCGCAUCUGCUAGCCAAGCGCACCUUUGACAAGAGUGCGGCUCUUGCAUUUUGCGCCCCGGGUCAACCCACUACUUACAUGUAUCCACAAACCUAUAGCGGAUAUAAGACUAUUGCCCGCCUAGCCAACAAGGGCUGGAUUACCAUUGCCAAACCAGCCAUUUGUGGAGCUUUAGGCGUUACAUCUUUUCUCACUCAACCGGCCAACACACCCUUCGUCACAGAACAUGUCUUUGAGAAACAGACACUGCGGAAUGCCAUUCAAUAUAUGGCGAAGGGGACUCUACCCGGCGGCGGUGCCCUCACAGCGAAGGCGGCUACUGUUACCGGUAUCUUUGACGCCACGGGUAUCUUCUUCGAUGACUGGCCCAGUACUUUGACCCCAAGCUGGGGAACUAGCCCCGUGAUCACGGCUUUUGGAGCCCUGGGACACGCUCAGGCACCAGCAAAUUAUGAUAACCUUCAAGUGUGCGAUGCGGAUCUGAACGCCAUCAAAGCAAAGAUUACGGCGGCCCACGCUUUCAUUGCUUCCACUGCUUUUGGAAAUCUUGGCCCACUCGAACAAGUGGCCUUUCUCGCAGAUGUGAUUGACACUUUCAAUUAUAUCAUGUACGUUCAAACGGCCGGGUCCUACAACGCCGCAUACAGAGCGCUCAUCUCCUUCUGGACGUUGUUUUCAACACACCCGCUAGCUCAGGCGGGCUACGAUUAUGUGGGAGCGUUCAAGGAGAUCAUUAAUGCCGAUAUCGAUCACCAGGUGGCAACCGCUUUGGCUCUGUUCAAAACCUACACCAAUGAGGCAAUUACAACAUGGAAUGACCCAACCACUAUUGCUUCAUAUGGCGCGGUAGUUGCCCUAGCAAAUCAGGCUGCGUUGGCAGACUUCUUGGCGAAUGCGGCGGUGUAUAUUGCCAUGGAUAAAGCGACUAUGUUGGCUUAA